AUGGCGAUAAUACGAAAAGUUAAACGAAAUGUUUUGCAAACAUUUAAAGAAAUUUACAGAAGAGGCAAAAGCUUGAAUAUUCAUAAAACUGCAUUUUUAAGCCAAACAUAUGAAAAAAAUUGUUGGAGAAAAACAAGGAUUCGAGAAGAGAAGGUUUAUUAUAAAAAGUAUAAUUUUUUAAAGCAUGCAUUUGAUGUUGUUAAUUAUGGUAUUGAUAAAAAUGUUAAAUUUCAAAUUGGAGAAAAAGAGAUAGUAGAAGAAGAUUCAUAUGUAUAUGAAGACGAAAAACAUGAAACUGAAAAAGAUAUAAAAAAUGAUAUAACAAAUGUUGAUUUGAAUGUUAAGAAUAUUUUAAAAUCAUUAGAAGAUAUCCACAAAAAUUAUAAUCAAAACUAUAAAAAUUUUACACAUUUAUACUAUAAUGUUAUGAAUAAAAAUAUUUCACUUAAAAAAAGUGAAUUUAUAAAGAAAUAUAAUAAUUUAUACAAUCCUAGAGAUUUAACCAUAAUAUAUUUAUACAUCAAAAAAUUUAAAUUAUUAAAUAAUAAAAAAAAAUAUUUAACGAACAAGUUGUAUUCUUUAAAAGCACGAAAAAAUGUAUUCGAUAAAAUAAAUUAUUCCUUUUCAAUUCAAAAGUUGGAAGAAAUGUUUUAUACACACUGCAAAAAAAUCAAUGUGUUGUAA